GAGAGAGAGAGAGACAGAGAGUGGUAUUCCAACGUCGAAAGCAGAGCCAUAAAGGAUGAAAGAUCUGUCUCUCUUCUCUCUAUGUAUGCUCCGUUUGAGAAUGUAACAACUUCUACUUCCGAGGUGGAAAACCAGUGCUUUCAACAUUGGUGAAUCGUCCCAGCAAACAGGCUACUGUUAAUCCCUCUGUGACACAGGAAAAGAGACAUCAGCUUGAUUGCAGAAGGUUUGAACCCAAUGGCAAAAGUUUGUUGGCCAUACUUUGAUCCUGAAUACGAGAACUUCAGCACCAGAAUCAAUCCUCCAAGGGUGUCUGUAGACAACAUUAGUUGCCGCGACUGUACUCUAAUCAAGGUUGACAGUAUUAACAAACCAGAAAUUCUGUUGGACGUUGUGCAAAUCCUGACAGAUCUUGACCUCAUCAUCACCAAAGCCUACAUCUCAUCUGACGGCGGAUGGUUCAUGGAUGGAUUGUACAUGAAUAAAUUUUUGCUUGCUAUAUACUUGGGCUAUGUUUCCUUUGUAUUGUAUGGGCACAGUAUAAUUUGGUUAUCUGGCUUCGCCUGAACUCUGAAGUAUAAAUUGGCCAGACGCGGAGAAGAAAGAUAAGGAUAAGAAAAACCAUGUGUUUCUCCUUGAGCUUGAGAAGUUUUCUUCUUUUCAAAGCCCAAGAUAUCCAAGAACCUGCCACGACCAAUGCUAAGAGGCUUAUGCUGAUACCUGCAGGUACAUGUUCUAAUAUGCAUUUA